AUGAAUUUCCUCAUAAUUCUCGCUUUUUUCACUCUGAAUAUGGCCUUUGCCAACUCGCAAUUGCGAUGCCGCGCUCGAAUGAAUUCAGGAGGUCCUCGGUCAUGUUCUGGAUCUAGAAACAUUGGAACUGCGUUUGGAUUAGGAUGUGCCAUGAACUUCAUGCCACUGGUGUGGUACUACAACGACAAAUCCAGAAGAUGCGAAACGAUGCCGUAUCUCGGAUGUGGCGGCAAUAGCAAUAGAUUCUGCUCUCUUCAGGACUGUCGAUUCACUUGUUUACAAUUUAAACGUUAAAAUGAAGAUAAGCCAUUUGGAAAGAAGGAGU